AAAUGUUUGAAAUCAUGUAGAUCGGGAUACUCAUCAUGAUUUUUUUCCCCUCAACACUAAAGAUAGGCGAGUAAGCUUCUCUGAGUAGAGUUGAACGAGUUUCAACAUUACUCGAGUACACUUACUAAGUCAAGAAAGGGUCUGGUACAAAAGUAGAGCAUACGCACAAGUAGUGCUUAUAUGUUUCAACAUUUUCGUUUACUACGUGCACAAUGGGUGGUGUGUUUACUUGCGUAUUCUUUUUUUGAAAUUACAUACGCAUAAAAAAAAUGUACAUGUUUUCCCUCUUGUUCUGUUUUGACAUCGUGGCAAUCCCUUUUGCCCACGCUGUUCGCCUUCGUGCUUCAGGAAGUGUUGGAGGCGACGUAUCUGCUGGUGAUGUGGGUGCUACUCCUGAAGUUAAGGCUUCCCCUAAUCCAUCUCUUCUACAGGGAUCCCUCAAACAUAUGCGCCCCAAUACUAUCAAGGGAGAUACUCACGCAUAUGCUUGAGGGAUUUCCACAGGGGUGAAUAGGGGAAAACUCUAAGGAAGACCCCAACACACUAUCCCCUACUGCAGCUGCAGCACAAGGGGAGCACAAGGGAGCGCACGUAGCUGUCAAUAGAGGGAGGCACUCUCCCACUUGGAGAAGACAAGGAAACGACACGACUGGUGCAACUACCGAUUUUACUAGAAGCAGUGCUCCAUCGACUGCGUUUCUCGACGAAGCAGAAGAACAAGUCCAACAAGACUUCGACUUCCCCGCAUCGUUGUCUCCUUUCUCAAGCCGACAACUGGAGGCAAUUGCUGCAGGAAACCCCUUAGGCGAUGGUGUAGAGACUCUGCAUGAUCCUGCUUUCUCGCUUAGAUUUUUUGAAGGCCGAAUGGAGCAGUGGCUCCAACAAAGAGAAGACGAGGACCAGGAAAGAAAAGCUAGACGUAGAAUGGGGCAGCGUGGCGUUUUCACAGCAAGUGGAGACGCAGGAAGAGCUUAUGAGGAUGUUUCGACAGCUGAAGCAGGAGAGAGUGCUGCUCCAACAACUGCAGGAACUAGUAGAAAGUAUUCUCCUACCACGAUUAGGAGUCCCAUACCGUGGAUCGUUUCUUCCGCCUUCUCUCCACAGGUUAGCAUGUCCGAUGAAGUUGUGGCAUCUCUACGCGAAAAAGAUCCAGAAUUCCUGAGCUUCCUAGAAUCAGAGGUUCGCUCCAUUGAGGCAGAAAUCGCGAUGCACCUGGUGCGUCGCCUGCGGUCGCCUUCGAUGAUGACUAGCACUGAUGGCGAGGAGAAGAGUGUAGAAAGCGAUUGGGGAGGACUCGCGCUCAGUCGUGAAGUAUCUCCAUGGAGCGGCGGAGCAUCUGGAGCUGCGUUACUGGGUAAUGCAGACAAUGGCACCGUUGGGCUACAUUCACAUCCUGCGUUACUAGGUAAUGCAGACAAUGGCGCCGUUGGGCUACAUUCAACUCAAGCUAUAACUAAACCAGAUAUUUUUAAAGGUUCGUCAGAUACUGGUGCAGAAGUAGAAGCUGCACAUCUAGUACAGGGUGGAAUAGUAACGAUAGAAGAUGAAGCGUCUUCGACAACAAGAACGACUAGACCGGAAAAUGAAGUUCUUCAAGCACGUGUUGAGGGGUCUACCAUUCCAACUGAAGAGGCUACUCCUACGCUUACAGCAGCAUUGUUCGAAAGUAACACUGUCACAACCAACGUCGAAGAUUCGUCUUUUUAUCAGUCGGAUGGCGAAGAUGAUGCCGAAAUAAGUGGUGGAUCACAUCAGCAUGGGGGACACACAGACGAAGAGGAUCCCCGAAGUCGUACCAGAGAGGCGAUACAGCCCUUGCGGACUAUUCGUGCGACCAGUAUUAAGGCCAACAUAUAAGUUUUUCCAUGUAAGUACUUAGGUGGUAGGUUGAUUCUCUGCUGCAAAUCUCAUUCAAUCCUAUAGCUCUAACCCGCGAACUUCCGAAGAGUCCUUGGAUGCUCGAGAGGAACGACUGUUUCAGGACCUUUUGACGAGACGUGUGAUCGGCAUCGCGCAAUUGGCAGCACAGAAUGUCGCUUGGCGACAUGGUGAUCGUGAUCCGUUGUUUGCGCCUUGGGCCUACGAUUUAGCAGACCACUACAUUGAAGCAGCGAUCUGGACGACUAGCGCAGAAGACCUGGAUCUUCAUGAAGAUUUGGCAUGAGGGAGGUGGUGGAGGUGAGAAUGAGAAGUCCUUAGUAAACUUGGAAGAAUUUCAACUUCAUAUCGUGUUUCCGUUCUUUUAAAUCAACGGCAUGUUUUUAUUUUGCGAAACUCAAAGAUGAUCGUAGAUGCUGGUCGAGCUUUGCCUCGAAGUCACACAGAAACUACCUUUUAAUGAAUCCAGCUUCUGCCUAGGUAUUUUUGCUCACGAAUGAUCUGCUAGGUUUCCUAU